AUGGCGCUAUCAGCCAAAGAUUUGGAGUCUUUCCAUGAUGCUGUAUCCGUUGUUUGCUCAUCAGCUGUAUGCGCAUUAAAUUUGAAAGCACCUGACAAAAAUUGUCGCGCGGAUUUGAUCAAGGCUUAUGAAACAGAGUUGAUGCAUCAGUUGCGGGACUGUACCGAUUUAGCUACUGGCCUACUUUUGGCACUUCUAAUACUGAUAGCAAGAAGCGAAAAAAGUGCUGUGCAUGCUUCGGGAAAAUUUGUUUCUCAUUUGAUUUCAAAGGUGGAAAAGUAUCCAGACACAACGGCGCAACUCUCGGAUUUGCUAACGAGCGCACAGAAACUAGUCAUUACAAAGAUGCAGCAGAAAGGCGAUGAAAACUUGGAAGUGAAAUUGGAAGAGAAAUUGAUGGCUAUAAAAGCUGCUCUUAACGGUUUCGAGUAUGUGGAAAAGACAACGAUUGAUGAAGAUUUGAAUGAAACUUGA